GGAUAGAAUCCACCGCUAGAGAGUACUCGAGACAUCACAGAGAAAACGCAGUGGACGCUGUGGAGGGGCAAUUUGAACUUCACCCAGACCUCCCUCAGCAUUGAUCAAUGAGCCUCGCAACAAGUUAUCUGCAGCUAUAUUCCCCGAGUCCAGAUCUCCAGGAGAUUCCUCCUGCGGUCUUCGAGCGACGAAUUCUCCAACUCUAGCCUUUCCUCCCUCUCAACAACCUAUCAAGACCCUCCUCUGCAGAUUUCACCACACGAGACCAGACACACCAAUCUGCAGUCUAGAAGAGUGACGCGGAAACUGUAAACACCACAAGACUGAUUGGUGCUGAGACCCGCCUCACACCACUCUUCUCCUUUCAUUUUGUUUUCAAGGGCCUUCCUCGUUACCAUGCGAUAAGUCGCCGUCCAGGACCAUGCCUCAGCAGGCCUAUCUGCCCAACGGGCAGGUGUACACCGUGACACCUGUCUUUGGCGGCUUCACCUUUAAGUCUACCAACCUCGACCUUCACCAUUCGGCAAUGCCACCAGGAUGGACUGUGAUCCUCCAGACUGAAGAUGAGGUGGAGGACGACCCGGACAGAAGAAAGAGUAAAGUGUCCUUAAGCCGCAGAACGAGUGAGGACGACGAAGCGCCUCGAAAGACCAGAGUGAUCCAUCGGUUCACUCGACCCACGAUCCAGAGUGACUCCCUCUUCAUAUCGUCCAUUUCCAUGCCAUCAAGCUCCGACUUCAAGAACACAGCCUCCCCUACCAGAAAUAUUGCCAUGAUGCUGUGGGCCACCUUAUGCUGGUACUUUCACAAGGAAGCACCCAACCCUCACGCAUAUACAGACGCUGCGGCCUUGACUCCGGAAUCGGGUCGACCAAAGCUUGAUUGGCGAAUCAAGAUUAAGAGAGAGGGUAUUUUCAAGGGCAAAAAUACCCUCCAGAAGCUAGAGCGCAUGGGUUUGAUAGCGAGCGAAGACUCAUGCGUCGGCACAGACACCGACAUUCGCAUGCCCGUGGGAUGGGCUGAGACCUUUGUGAGCAGAAGAUCUUUCUGGCAAAUCGACCCGAGGAUCUUUCUAUUCACCAUGGCGCCUCAACAGCAUUCUCCUUUCCCGAUUGCCUCUCCAUAUCCUUCACGACCAGCUUCGCCGGAUCGAGCUCCUGUCACGUCGGAAAAGCCGUCCCCCAGGCCUUCGGAUUAUAUUGUGUCCACCGCAACGAACAUGUUUUCAGAUGCCUUUAGCGCUGGAAUCUCUUCUCCAGGUGGUCCUUUCAAUUCUGGUAGUCAUUUGCCGACAUACUAUCCCCCUCCUCCAACUCAAUUUACCUUCACGAACCACAUUCGUCAUCCUCUGCGCCCCAAGCCUCCACGACAGGGUGAGACAUUUUACAGCCGCUAUAUCCCCAGCGUAGAUCAAUACCUCUCUUUUCGAGUGCCUACCUUGUCCCCCAAACCCUGUCCGCAUCCGCACUUUGCACCGCUGGGUGGAUCGAUGCCAGCCAUUCUUCCAAGCUCUCAAGCUACCGGUAUCUCAGUAGCAACUCUGCCAACUCUAGCAAACUUUACCGAACGUCCUUCUGACCUCGACCUCUUGCAUAAGUGGAUGAAUGAUCCCCGAGUCAACAUGGCAUGGGGUUCAGCAGGCCCAGCGGCGACGCAGAAGAAAUUUCUCGAGGAUGGACUCACCAGUCGUCACUCAUUCCCUGUGUACGGCUGUUGGGACGGCAAACCGUUUGGGUAUUUUGAGAUCUAUUGGGUCAAGGAAGACAAAUUGGGACGCCUUCUAGGAGGGGAAGUUGGAAACUAUACUCGUGGUCUUCACGUUUUGGUUGGAGAAAAGGAGUUCCGAGGCCCUCACCGGGUUAAGUUGUGGUUGUCCGCCCUUGUACAUUACUGUUUCUUGUCCGAUCCUCGCACAGAAACGGUCAUGUUGGAACCAAGAGUGGACAAUACAAAAUUUAUCGAUUAUCUAAAGGAUACAGGCUUUUAUAAGCAGGGCGAAGUUUCUUUUCCCCACAAACAGUCGGCAGUGAUGAAGCUUGAUCGAGAGUCCUGGGAGGCCCCGGAGCUGUAGUAACUUCUCGACCGGCACCAGACCGAGGAAGCUAUCUACCAAGAGUUGGUUAUAUGCGAACACCAUUGGCUAUAGUGUGGUGGAAUACCAAUACUUGACUAUUGGAUAUGAAUCGGAUGGACAAAAAGAUACUGGGUCGUCUGGUGCUAAAUGAAGCGAUUUCCUAAAUCAGAGAACACCGAUGACAUUAGCAUGAGUCGCAGGAGCAUUGAAUUAUGAUUAAAAUAAAACUUCUACA